AGGCUACCUAUGACGGACCAAUCUAAAACACAAGAAGCUCAGAGCAGCAGGACAGAUCUCUAUAAAUCGUAGCCUAGCGUAUACAUCAGUAAACAAGUAUAACCCUGCAAGCUGACGCCCUACUCUUUAAAACACUGUUGGAUGACUGAAGACGUAAGACCUGCAUUGCUGUUUUAUCCUUGACUGUUUAAAAUCUGAGAAUCGCCUCCAGCAUUCCUCAUGGAAAGGUUCAAGUCUAACGGAGGGGAGCACGUUAACUCCGCUUAUGAUUCCACUCUGGAUGAACCUCCCAUCUAUGAGGAGCCAAACUUCUCUAAUGGGGAACACCGGACGGUGCGGCCAUCAGUGGUCAGUGCCUUUGGUCAUGACACCUUGGACCGAGUGCCGCACAUCGACUUCUAUCGCAAUGCAGGUAGUGUGAGUGGUCACCGGGCUGUGCGACCAUCCCUGCAGGAGCUCCACGACGUGUUUCAGAAGAAUGGCGCAAUCUCUGUGCCAGACACUGUGGAGGACGAUGGCGAGGGGAGCGACGGGGCCCCCUCCGACGAUCUGGAGUCUGCCAUUCCCAAAGACGACAACAAAGGAGCAGUAAAGUUUGGCUGGAUAAGGGGAGUCCUGGUGAGAUGCAUGCUGAACAUCUGGGGUGUCAUGUUGUUCAUCCGUCUGUCCUGGAUUUUUGGACAGGCAGGCUGGGGUCUGGGAAUUGUGGUUAUCCUUCUCAGCUGUGUGGUCACCACCAUCACUGGCCUUUCCAUGUCUGCCAUCUGUACUAACGGUGUGGUCAGAGGAGGAGGAGCCUACUACUUGAUAUCCCGCAGUCUGGGACCAGAGUUUGGCGGGUCCAUUGGUCUAAUUUUUGCUUUUGCCAAUGCAGUGGCUGUAGCCAUGUAUGUGGUGGGAUUUGCUGAGACUGUGGUCGAGUUGCUGAAGGAACACGCAGCCAUCAUGGUGGAUGAAUUAAAUGACAUCAGAAUCGUUGGAUGUAUUACAGUAGUGCUGCUGUUGGGCAUAUCAGUUGCUGGAAUGGAAUGGGAAGCCAAGGCACAGAUUGUCCUUCUCGUCAUCUUGCUGGUGGCCAUAGUGAAUGUAUUUGUAGGGAUGUUCAUUCCUCCAUCCGAGUCUAAGAAAUCCAAAGGCAUCUUCAAUUAUAACUCGAAAAUCUUCUUAGAGAAUUUUACGCCAGAUUUUCGAGACGGCGAGUCCUUUUUUUCAGUGUUUGCCAUCUUUUUCCCUGCUGCAACUGGGAUCCUGGCUGGAGCCAACAUCUCUGGUGACUUGAAGGAUCCCCAGGCAGCCAUACCUAAAGGUACCUUGCUGGCCAUCCUGAUAACUGGAGUCACCUACCUGGCUGUGGCCAUUUGUGUCUCCGCCAGUGUUGUCCGUGAUGCCACCGGAAACAUAACUGACCUCAUCACCCCUGGAGUACCAUGUACUGGUCCAGCAGAGGCUGCUUGUGAGCUCGGCUACAAUUUCUCUUCCUGUGCAGUAGAAAAAUGCAGCUUUGGCUUGAAUAACAACAAUCAGGUGAUGACCAUGGUGUCCGGGUUUGGUCCCCUCAUCAUUGCGGGGACGUUCUCAGCCACCCUCUCAUCAGCCCUGGCCUCCCUUGUCAGUGCUCCCAAAGUCUUCCAGGCUCUGUGUAAAGAUAACAUCUACAAGAUCCUGCACUUCUUUGCCAAGGGAUACGGCAAGAACAACGAGCCAAUCCGUGGCUACGUCCUCACGUUCAUUAUUUCUGUGGCCUUCAUUCUCAUUGGUAACCUCAACACAAUUGCUCCAAUCAUCUCAAACUUCUUCUUGGCAUCUUAUGCUCUCAUCAAUUUCUCCUGCUUCCAUGCAUCCUACGCAAAGUCUCCAGGUUGGAGACCAGCAUAUAAAUACUACAACAUGUGGCUUUCCCUGUUGGGCGCUUUGCUCUGCUGCGCUGUUAUGUUUGUUAUCAACUGGUGGGCUGCUCUGCUCACAUACGGCAUCGAACUCCUCCUCUACAUUUACGUCACUGUCAAGAAGCCAGAUGUGAACUGGGGUUCGUCCAAACAGGCUGUGACGUUUGUGAGUGCAGUCAGCAACACUCUGUCUCUGUCUGGUGUAGAGGAUCACGUCAAGAACUUCAGACCUCAGAUCUUAGCACUGACAGGUUCAGUACGGACCAGACCAGCUCUCCUAGACCUGGCUCACGCUUUCACGAAGAACUAUGGACUCUGUCUCACCUGUGAAGUCUUUGUGGGUCCGAGAUCAGAGGCCCUGGAACAGAUGAACUCUGGCAUGGAAAGGAACCAGCUGUAUCUUAGGAAGACCAAACGCAAGGCAUUUUACACUGGCGUGGCCUGUGAUGAAUUCAGGGCAGGGACGGAGAGCCUGCUGCAGGCUUCUGGUCUCGGCCGUUUGAAGCCAAACAUACUGAUGAUGGGCUUCAAGAGAAACUGGAGGACUUCGAGUACAGAGAUAGUGCAGAGUUAUGUGGGAAUACUGCAUGAUGCAUUUGACUUUGAGUAUGGGACAGUGAUUCUGAGGGUGAACGAGGGACUCGAUGUGUUGCACAUUGUCGAGGCAGAAGACGAGAUGCUAAAGGCAGCAAAGGAGCAGCAGGCACUGGACAAUGAGAUGAUGCAGAAUGGAGGGAAAGCAAGAGGACUGUUCAGGAAGUCCAGAAAAUCCUCUCAGCAAGUGCUCACAACCAGAGUGUCAGUGUGCGGCCCUACAUCCCCGCAGGUUGCCAAGAUGAAUGAGAAGCUGUUGGAGGCCAGCACUCAAUUCAAGAAGAAACAGCCUAAAGGCACCAUUGAUGUGUGGUGGCUCUUCGAUGAUGGAGGUCUCACUCUGCUGCUGCCCUACAUCCUCACUACCAGGAAGAAGUGGAAAGACUGUAAACUAAGGAUCUUCAUCGCAGGACAGCCUGAACGCAGUGAUCUGGAUAAACAGGAGAUGAAAUCUCUGUUGCAGAAGUUCAGAAUCAAAUGCGAUGACAUCAAUGUCAUUGACAACAUCCACGUCCCACCCAGCUCCAACAGCUUGAAGAUGUUAGAGGACAUGAUUGAGCCUUUCCGUCUACAUGAUUCUAAAGACACCGCUCGGGCUGAAGCCAUGCGGAAAGAGCAGCCCUGGAAAAUCACUGACGAAGAGCUGAGCACCUUUGAGGAGAAGACCAACCUCCAGGUACGACUGAAUGAGGUGCUUCAGGAAAACUCCAAAUCAGCCAAUCUGAUCAUUGUGAGCAUGCCCAUUGCUCGUAAGGAAUCCGUGUCCGACUUCCUCUACAUGGCCUGGCUGGACAUUCUGACAAAAGACCUUCCGCCGACCCUGCUCAUUAGGGGCAACCACAAGAGCGUGCUUACUUUCUACUCCUGAGCACCGUUACAGGCUUAUUAUUAAGGCACCACAAUGAUGGAGCAUGUUCAUAAAGCAUACCAGAACCUUGAAUUAUCUUCAGUCUUAUUCAGUUCUCCAGACCAACACCACAACGUAACAUGAGCUUUAUUAGUUAGGACCUGACGAGGGCAUUCAUAAUGCGAGUGCUAAGACAAGAAAAUAUAAGAAAAAAGAAAAAGAAGGCAAGGUGGUCAGCUGGUGAAAUUCAUUUCUGACAUUGAAUUUGCAAAUGUCAGACAAUCUGAAUGUGAAUUUGGGAGCAAAGCAAAGUUUAAGCUCCUUGCAAUGAUGGACGAGUACAGAAAAGAUGGUGUUAUACUCAGAUGUUAUUAUUGUUAUUAUUAUUAUUAGCAUUAUUAUACGCAUAAAACAAAAAUAAUUUGCAGUUAUAACAAAGCUAAAAACACUCGUCUUCCUAACUCGGUCAGAUCAGUUCAGCGAACAAAAGCAGAUACAUUAGCCUACUUUCAAAAGGUUACACUGAGUGACUGUGUUGCCUGCUGCUGUAAAAUAAGUGUGUAUAUAGUAGAUGUUUGAACUUCUGACCCAAAUGAACAAACAAAAAAAACUUUUCACAAAUGAUUAACAGCAUCUGUACUUUUUAAACUGUACCAAUAAUGUUUUGAUUCUUUUUUAAACAUUCUUUGAUAUUCACUGAGUGUAAAAUACACUGUCAUUAUAAAGCUGUUUACCUGUUCCACAUUAUACAGUUGAAAUAUUUUAAAUGUUACUAUCACGGUACACUUUGUGUAUGAGGAAAAUUAAGUAAAAGAAAAGAUUGUAAAGCCAGUUUUUCUGUAUAUUUUAGACAAUUGUUCAUCUUUCUAUUUAAAUAUAUGAUUGUGAUUGCCUGAUAUAAGAAAUAAAUAAAAUGAGCAGUUCUUACUCUUGUUA